CCCAAUUCCAAAAGGAUAAGAAGACCCUCUCACUCUUCUUCCUCUCUCUGUCUCUAUAUGUGUCUGAAGUGUGCAAUUGAGCAACUCAUGCUAUGCGUUUGAGUGCAUAGCCAGAAGCAAAGAGAGAUGUCAAUCCUUUCAAUUUCAGCUUCAUCUUCUUCUUCCCUUCUUCCCAAUGUCUCAUUCUCCUCCUCAAAAUGCUGCUCUUCAUUUCUCACCCCACCAACCCACACCAACAGCAACCCAUUUCUGCCCAUUGUGAAAUCCAAGAAGAAGAAACCAGUGGGCGUGACCAUGAGCGUGGAGGCAGGCAUAGGAGUUAUGGCCACGAAGCUCGGCAUGAUGAGCUUCUUCGAACCCAACGGCAAAGUUGUCCCAGUCACAGUGGUGGGUUUCAAAGAAGGCAACAUAGUGACCCAGGUCAAAACCGAGGCCACAGACGGAUACGAUGCCGUUCAGGUGGGCUACCGCAGAGUCAGGGACCGAAAACUAACGAAACCCGAAAUGGGUCAUCUCCAGAAGGCCGGUUCAAUCCCCCUGCGCCAUCUCCAGGAGUUUCGGCUCCAGAGCAUUGAUGGGUUCGAGCCAAACCAGAAGCUUUCGUUCGACGAGCUCUUCAACGAAGGAGACAUUGUUGAUGUCUCUGGAACCACAAUCGGGAAAGGGUUUCAGGGUGGGAUUAAGAGGCACAAUUUCAAGAGAGGGCAAAUGACUCAUGGGUCCAAAAGUCACAGAGCUCUUGGGUCAAUUGGGGCUGGAACGACGCCAGGGCGGGUUUACAAGGGGAAGAAGAUGCCUGGAAGAAUGGGAGGGACCAAGACCAAGAUCAGGAAGCUCAAGAUUGUGAAGAUUGAUAAGGACCUCAAUGUUGUUAUGAUCAAAGGUGCUCUUCCUGGUAAGCCUGGCAAUCUUCUUCGCAUAGCUCCAGCUAAGAUUGUGGGCAAGAACAUUCCUAAGAGUUAGUUCUAUUUUGGAAUUUUUUCUUUCUUUCUUUCUUUUUUUUUUUUUGAAUUUUUCUUUAGUUUAUUUGGUUUUGUGAAUUUUGUAUUGUCAUUGACUCUCUCAUAUGAAUGUCUUACUUCUCCUUUAAUUA